UGCCAUGGCAUCGCCGGGUCGCGCGGCCCUCGGAAGGGAAGAUGGCGGUGCCGGGCUGGCUGGAGAGAUUGCGGGCGGCGGAGAAGACGGCCCUGUUGCAGGACGGAAAGAGGAAAGUACAUUACCUCUUCCCUGAUGGAAAGGAGAUGGCUGAAGAGUAUGAUGUAAAAACCAGUGGACUACUAGUUAGAAAAUGGCGGGUAAAGAAUGCUCUGGGAGCUGUGAGCCCAUGGCAGACAGAAGUGGGAGAGCCAACACAUCCUUGCGGUGGAGUCCUGGGGUCAGAGCUCAUCAAGGAAAGCAGUUCUAAUCCUAUCUUCAUGCGGAAGGACACAAAAAUGAGCUUUCAGUGGCGGAUUCGUAAUCUUCCCUACCCUAAGGAUGUCUACAGUGUCUCUGUGGACCAGAGUGAGCGCUGCCUUAUUGUCCGGACCACUAACAAAAAGUACUACAAGAAAUUCUCCAUUCCUGACAUGGACCGAUACCAACUUCCCCUGAACAGCUCUGCAUUGAACUUUGCCUAUGCCAACUGCACCCUGAUCAUCACUUACCAAAAGCCAAAGGAGGUCCUAGAUGCAGAGGAAGAGUUGCAGAGAGAGCUGAGGAAGGUGAAGACGGCCAAUGGCCAGAAUGGGGACUGUAAGACCCAGUAACCAGACCCACUUGUCUGCAGACUUCCUAGCUUGAGAUCUCUUGGAUCAUUUCAGCAAAGGUUCCUGAUGACCAGGCCUUGGCUUUGCCCUAACCUGUUUUUGUUUUUGUUUUUUGUUUUGGUUUUGUUUUCUUGUUUCAUUUUGUUUUUGUUUUUGUUUUUUGGUGAGGCACUUGGGGUUACACGACUUGCCCAAGGUCAGGUUUUGCCCUUACCUGAAGGAAGACUUGAUGGGUUUCAGGAUUUAUCACACAGACAGAUAAAAUUGAGCCCUGGAGGCAUGCCCUGACCUAAAAAUGGUUCUUCCCUGGUCAUCUAGGUUUGCUAAUUUCCUGAGUAAAGUUGAUUUGAAUUACCCUUA